GCUCGGUUUAAAUGAACUUUAUUAAAAAGAAACGUACUCUCUUCUAUAUCUCUCUUAUAAUAAUAAUAAUAAUAAAUACUGAAUAAGUUUUUUUUAUAAACUCUAGAUUCAUAAGGAAAUUUGUUUUCCUAGUGUUAUUGUUAAAAUGACUAUCUUCGUGUCUUAGUUUUGAGAUUUAAGAGUGGUGUGUGAAUAUGUUGCAUAUUUUGCCACCGCCAAGGGCUCCGAACCCUCCAUCGCCGUGGGAUAGCAUACUAUGCGCUGCCAGAAGCAACGCCAAUACUGAUCGACCACCAUGGUCCAAAACCAAAAGGUCUCUUAGAGCUCGCAUGCGUAGCCUAACACGAACCGAAGAAUCUUCUCUUGGAGCGCCAGGAGACGAUGUUGACACAUCAAGGAGUUCGAAAAGUCUCAGCGAAUGUUACUUUGCUGGAAAGGGUACGGCACUCGUGUUGCCGGCAGAGGCUCACAAGUCUAGUAGACGAACCGGUGCCAAUGGCAGUAAAAUUCAAAAACACCUGCAGUCUAUGUUUUAUCUUUUACGACCUGAAGAAACGUUGAAAAUGGCCGUCAAACUGGAAAGCGUUCAUCCCACUAGAACUAGGUAUUUGGUUGUUGUAUCCAGGAUUGGCGUUAAAGCUGAAGAAUCUUGUCUUUUGGGGAUCGAUUGUAAUGAAACUACAACCGUCGGUUUGGUAUUACGCGUUUUAGCCGAUACUAAAAUCACUUUGGAUGGAGAUGGGGGCUUCAGCGUCACCGUGUGUGGGCGGCACCAUAUAUUCAAACCGGUGUCCGUGCAGGCGAUGUGGUCUGCCCUUCAAACAUUGCACAAAGUAAGUUCGAAGGCACGGCAAGAAAAUUAUUAUCAGGGCGGAGUGACCCACUCGUGGGUGAGUUACUAUGAGGAAAGGAUUGAAUCGGAUAGAUCUUGUCUCAACGAAUGGCACGCAAUGGACAACCUGGAGUCCAGGAGGCCACCUUCCCCCGAUUCGGUUCGCACAAAACCAACAGAACGGGAUGAAACGGAAUGCGUCAUCCGGUCCACUCUGAAAGAAAUUAUGAUGUCCGUCGAUCUGGACGAAGUAACCAGCAAAUAUAUUAGAGGUAGACUCGAAGAAGAUCUCGAUAUGGAUCUUGCCGAGUAUAAACCUUUCAUCGACCAAGAAAUGCUUGUUAUUCUCGGCCAAAUGGAUGCUCCCACUGAGAUUUUUGAUCAUGUUUAUCUCGGUUCUGAAUGGAAUGCUUCUAAUUACGAAGAAUUACAAAGAAAUGGAGUUCGACAUAUUUUGAAUGUAACGAGAGAAAUCGACAAUUUCUUCCCAGGAAAUUUUGAUUAUUUAAACAUUCGAGUUUACGACGAUGAAAACACGGAUUUACUAAAACAUUGGGAAGACACCUUUAAGUAUAUUUCAAAAGCACGUCAGCAAGGGUCCAAAGUUCUUGUACACUGCAAGAUGGGGAUAAGCCGUUCGGCUUCUGUAGUUAUAGCGUACGCAAUGAAAGCUUAUAAUUGGGAUUUUGAGAAGGCAAUGAGACACGUGAAAGAUAAAAGAAAUUGUAUCAAACCCAAUACUAGUUUUAUGAAACAACUGGAAACGUACCAAGGAAUGUUAAUAGCCAUGAAGAACAAAGAGAAGCUACAAAGAUCUAAAUCGGAAACGAAUUUAAAAUCGCCGGAUUCUACGAGAAGUAGCGAAAAAGUUUUAGUUGGUAGUGAACCAACUCCAAUCGUACAAUCUCAAAAUUUAAUGAAACUACAAAAUCAUAAAUCAGGACAUGAAUUAAGACAAACGGGUAGUAGACCUAAAAGUUGGUCGCCAGAUAUAACGACUGAAAGUAAUUUAUUACAAGAAACUAAGUUGCCGCAAGUUUCGCGAUCGUUAGAAAAUUUAACUCAAAAAUUAGAACAAAACGAAUCUCAUCAAAAAAAGGAACAAACAAGUUUAAGAAAAACGUUAGCUAAAAGUUUAUUAGCAAGAAACGUGUUGUUACCGUGUGAUAACGGGGAAUCUUAUAGUGUCUCUCCAAAUCAAAUAAUGCAUUUGCCUGGUUCGAAGGAAAUUGAACAACCUCAAUCGGUUAAAGAAAGAAUCAGCGAGUUGGAAUCUCAAAAAGAAAAGAAAAAGAAAAAAGAAAGUGAAAAGAAAAAGCUUGUAUUAAAUCUUUUGCCACAGUUUAAUGAAGUAAAAGACGAUGGCAAAAAAGAUGAUGAUAAAAAGGGCGAUAAAAAAGAUGAUGAUGCAAAAGAUGAUAAAAAAGAAGUGAUCUCAGAAGAAAUGCAAUUAAAAAGUGCACCGUCUGUAUUAAGAGCGGUUUUAGUUAAAAAAGAACAAUGGGAUCCAGGAGAGAAAGAAGACAAAACGAGCGCUUCAACUGAAAAUACCUGUGAUGUACAAUAUAAUUGUGUUAAAAGUGAUGAAAAACAAACUCUUUCAAAUAAUUCUUCACUAAUCGUACCUAACCCAAAUGAUAAUGCUUGCACUUCUAAUAAUAUAGUUCCUGAUGUACAAUUGCGCACAAAAACAAAAAAAGAUGGUGAUCCUUUCUCAAAUCAAUUAGAUAAAGUUUUUGAUCGAGAAGAAAGAAAACAUCAAAGACAUUCAGCCGCUCCAACAAUACCUAUACAUCACGAAUCAGACGAUAUUAAAGAUAGCCCAUCAAGACAAAAUUCGUGGAGUUCAUACGAUAGUGCAGUUGUUCUUGGAUAUCAAGGCGAAAAGAGAGACACACCAUCAAGACAUAGUUCAUGGGGAUCCGGCGAUACGCGAACAUUACCAUCAAGAAAUAGUUCUUGGGGAUCCUACGACAUAAGAACAGUACCGAAUUCCGCCGAUAUACUCGAUUCAUCUUCAAGCGGUUUAUUUCAAUAUAGCAAAGAUGAAUUUCCUUGGUGUCCUGGAACCGUGCGAAGAACAAAACAAAAAUUGGAAGAUGGAAAAAUUCAAAACGAUAAUAGUGAGAAUAAUGCAAGUAACAAUAGUGAUAAUAUAGUGGAAGCUUUGAACGCGACUUUAAUUAAUAAUAAAACAAAAAAUGAUGAAAUUGAACGGUUUCAAUCGAGUGCCAUAUCCGCGAAAAUUAAUAUUGUUCAGCACAAAAAAAAAUCUUCACACGCAUCAUCACAAUUAUCAGUUAGCGCUCCCGAAACUUCAACGAUGGAGUUGGUGACACAAGAUUGCUCUCUUUCACGAUCGGCAUCUAACGUUUCGAAUUUAUUACAAAAUGACGUGUCUAGUCCUAACAUUAUUAGCACAUCACAAUGUUCGUCCGUAAAACAGCACAAAACGUACUUAGAAAAUUUACAUAAAAACCCUUUUAGUAUUCAAGAAAAGAAAAAAAACGAUGAACAAACAUCGAACAUUUUAGGUAUCGUAAGAAAUCGUAAAAAGGAAUUUGAAGCAAAAAACAAUAUUGAUCCACCGAAAGGUGGAGGUAGUUUACCGUCUUCACCAAUUUUAGAAAAAGAUCGUAAAGAUUUAAAUAAUAGUGGAUCUGAUACGGGUGAAGAUUUAAAUUUAAAAAAAUUAAUUGGUAAAUUUGAGAAUGCUAAAGAAAAUCAAGAAACGGUUAACUUACGUACGAAAACAUCACCGAAACCAUUCACAAAAAAUUUACGACAUUCGUGUUAUGAGGUUUCCGUUGAAAAAAAUUCCGUUAUACCAAAUUAUAAGACUUCUUCAAUUGUAGAAAACACCGACGAAUAUAAACGACCGCCAAUUUCCCCGUCGAACAUGGUGAUAUCAACGGUGAUAUCGACGGCUGCCGUCAAGAAACAACAACAAUUUGGAAAAAGUCAUCCGUUGGCGCGAUUAAAAAUAAGGCCGAGACACAACAGCCCCGUUUUCAAUACUAUGUAAAACGCUCAAAUCGGCAUACGGCUGUGAACCAAUCACUACAAACAACAAUAAAUAAUAUAAAAUUAAAACAUGAAGGUAUCGAAUUAUUUUCGUAGUAGAAAUUUUGUGUGGAUCCAUUAUCAAACUGUUUUAUUAAAAUUAAUUACGAUCAAAAUCAACAAAAAAAAAUGUUUGAAAAUAUAAAUAUCAUUGUUUUGUGCUUCCUCUCGACUUUUCGUUUUAAGCUUGUAAAUAUAUUCUUUAAUUAUUUCGUAUGUCGUUGAUUUAUUUUUCUUUCUUUGGAAUAAAUUUUCUAUUAAAUUAUUAUUUAUACUAUGUUCAAUGAAUCAUCAUAAUACAUCAGUGUGUUUUUUUAAAGCUUUAAUAUUCAUAUAAUGUUGAUUUCCAUGAAUAUCUAAUUCGAAAAGUUUAGCAGCGUGUUAUGGUGAUUAAACCAAUUCAUUGAGAGUAGUAUAAUUAAUUGAGAUGAUUUUCUGCGGAUCAUUUUGAAAUUACUUUGCAACUUUUUAUUUUGCACCUGACCAAUUUUGUAAUGUGACACGAAUUUUGUUUCAUAAAAUAUUUUGAGUAACUUUUUUGCAGAUUAAUGAUUUUGAAAAAUAUAAUUUAUUUAACUAGUUGAUUUUCUAUAAAAUAACUGGACUCAACUUUUUGUUCACUUCUUGAUUCUCACACAACUGAUUGAGUAAGAAUUUGAGCCAAUAUAAUUUUUUUAAUUUCCUCUUUGUGAUCUGUACUCUGCAAUGUUUCGAUUUUUUAUCACAAAAAUAAAGUUUGUCAUUUUAAAUAUAAAACGUACGUCGAUUUGCAACUGCACAAUAAUCACAUUAUUAAUUGUAAUUGUCGCACAAACUACUGUGUCAAAUGUACAGCAAGACUGGCACAAUAUAAUUAAUUCUAAUUUUGAAGAAAUUCUUUACAGCAUAAGUAACAAUUAAUUUACUUUUUUUGCUAUAUUUAAUUAUUUUGUAAAUUAUUUGGGAUAAGUUAACUUGUAAAAGCCAAUUAGGCAAUUAUGAUCCUAUUCAGUUAAAGUGAUGUUGCUGAAACUUAUUGAUAUUAUUUUUCUUCAUUAAAGCUAAAAUCUCAUAAUCUAACUUUACAAAAAUUUUGCGUUAAAAUAUCCUUUUUUAACGCCCAUAGAGUUGUUGGGCAAGCUAUUUAAUACGUUGGCUACCUCAUUACCCAUAUUGGGGUGCAUAACCUGUAUUAGGAUGAGUUUAUUUGAUUACUUGUAACAUAACUUGAAGUAGAUUGUACUCCUAACAUAAUUUUUCUGACCAUAUUUGUGCUAGAGUUCUAAAUUACUUCAUUAUCUUAACCAAGACUUGGUUAAUAUUAGAUUGAAACUUAAUUAAUUUAUUCAAAAGUUCGGACACACGAAACAAUCAUACUGAUAAAAAAUAUUAAUUGACACAACUUUGCAUGUUUUAUUGAUAACCUUGUUGCUGAUGUACUCAAAGCAACUCAUAAUCAAUUUGUUCUGCAACUGAAACACUGCGUUGGAUUGAUAUAUCCACACGUAAUCGUCAUGUUUAGAGGCUUCUAGCGCUUCGCCCUCAAGUGACCUCGGCGGUUUGAGGUUAAACGUCUUUUUGUAAGAUAGUCUACCUUUGCCAAGAUAUAUAAGCAACGAUUUCGCCUCAACCCGCCGAGGUCGCUUGCGGGCGAGGCGCUAUAUUUACUAUGAAUCAAUUUAAUCUAAGAUCAUUACCGAUUAAUAAAAGUCAGAAAUGCUAGACUGAGGUUCAGAAUUAUUCACAACAUAAUGAUAAUGGAUAUUUGUUGAAAUCGGAGUUAUUCAAAACUUUGACCUACUCUGUAAAUCGUUAGAAUUCCAGAGCUACGAAUUAUGAGUGAUCUCGUGAUCUUGAAACAGCUAAUAUACUCGAAAACAACUUGUGCAAAAGUUUGUUUUUUAUAUUCCUAUUGUCUGGCUAGCUGUCAAAAUUGGGUUCAGUAUGUGUACCAAUGUUAUAAAUUCCUGACAAUAGUUUUUGCCCUAAACAUCUACAUAACUGCUAAUGCUUGCCAGUUUCUUGCAAUCAUGCCUCAGAUCAUUAUCUCUUAACUACUCUAUGUAAUUUAAUUUUUUAGGUGGGGGUAAACAAUUGUUCAAAUUUUGAACUAUAUACACAAAUUGUAUAUUUUUGUCACCAAGCACAAAAAUAAAUGAUCUGAAAAAGAUAUUUGCUCAUACUUCGAGCAGUUGCCCAAAUUUUACAAAAUUCUAUAAAGGCCUUUAAAUUCCGCACUUUUUUGAAAUUAGUUCUAAUGGCUUAAUAUACAGAGUACAUACUUUUUAAUUAUUACUCAAGAUCACCUUUGCAUUUUAAAAUAAGUAUGAAAAAAAUAAUCCAUCUAACCAACUAAUUACAAGAUUAUCAAUAAACUUGAAAAAAGCUCCACCCAUUUCAAUUUAUAUAGAUUCAAAACUAUAAAGUGAAAAGUUGCAAAGUAGUUUAAAAUUAAAGCAUUUUAAAAGAUGUCUUUGAUUUUUUUUAACGUCAUUAAAUUUCUACAACAAAAUUGUAAUUCAGACUGACUCAACAUCCGAUUGAUAUAAAUGACAUUGUGAUGACAUAGCUAUCAAUAAAAAGAUCAAUUUUAGAAAUGCAAUUCGAGCUCAAUUUUAAGAAAGAAAAUCUUUCAAAGAAUUACAAAAUAGAGUAUCGAUACAACUGCCAAAUUACCUGUAUAAUUUCAUAAUUAAAUAAAUGUGGACCAUACGAAUCGUCGAGCUAUUUACUGUUACUACAAUUACUACUAAAAGAAUGAUGUUUUGUUUUAUUUUCGCUACAUAUCAAAAAGAUAAGAACCAUCACCAUAUUUUUUUUUAUUCAUUCAUAUUAAAAAUGUUCACGUAAAGAUUGGUGUUCGAAAUGAGCAUAUUAUUUAGACAACAAUGACGUGUAUUGAUUAGAAACUCAAUUUAGACAUGGCUGUUUAAGAAAUCUAGUCUUGUAUGUGUGCGCUAGGAAGGAAAUUUAAACGAAAUACUUGCAGCAUGUUGUGUGCUCACACUCUCUAAGUUGUAAAUACAAUAUUCUAAACAAUAUAUUUUUUAACGUCGAGUACAACUCCUCGCAGUACGCUGAAAAAAAGGAAAAACAAAAAAGAUUCAUGACUACAGACCUACUUUAAGAAUAAUCGGUGUCGCGAUUAUUUUGUGAAGUUGUUCCGUUUUGUAAUGUAUAAGGUCUUUGUACUAUAGAAUUUUUAUUAUCUUCAUUUAAUUUUUUUUUGUAGGAUUAAGUUCGUUUCGAGAUGUUCUUGCUUUCGUGUGCAUCUGUGUGAUAGACAUUAAAAAAUGAAAUAAAUUUUUUUUGUACCAUAAUGUGUAAUAUACGUUGCAAUUGUACGU